CGCUGAAUGAAAUCAAGACAGAAGAAAUCAAACUCCUCUUAGACUCUGGCGCGUGCAACGCGUGUGCAGCGUUAGAAUUCCGUGGGGCUCCGUGCUUGAUGUGGACGCUCAGAGCCCCAAGGGGACCCACUAGGGACGCACAGUCGCCUGUCUGACGCUGUUCAUCUGGCCUCACGCAGAAGCCCGCCCGGAGCGAGCUGCGUGGGCAACAGUGGCCCGAUCCCCAGAAGCAAGCUAACUCGGGGCCCUGCCCAUUCUACCCUGCUGGCGCGCACCCUCCCACCUAGCAGCUGGAGGAUGAUCCUGGGGUGCUUCGCGGAGGUUGUGGGUCCCCGCUGCUGUCUACAGCCCAACGCGCCUUGUCGCGUGAGCCACGCGCGCGCCGCGCUGGGAGGCGGCCGCUCCCGCCGCUGACAGGUGCUGCCCGAGGGCGCAAGGCGCGGUACCGGGUCCCCGAGGCCAGGGCGUGCGCGUCCUGCAGCUCGGAGCCCGGGCACGGCCUGAGGGACGCCAAGAGCCUGUAGCUGCAGAGCUCGGAGCCGGAAACUUUGCAGGCGCGGCGGCGGGGAUCCGGUGACCGCGCCGGCCCAGCCCAGAGGUGUGGAGGAAGGGACGGCGCCAGAGUCCCGCGGCAAGGGUGCCUCGGAGGAGGCGGCGGCGUCUCUGCUCCCCGCUGGCCUGAAGCCGCCGGGCGCUCCUGGCUUGGGCUGCUGCUGUGCCCUGCGCCGCCGCCACCGCCGCGGGGCUCCGAGAGGAGGAGCAGCCGGUGAGGGCGGAGAAGCUCGGGACGCAGGAGGAGACGGAGGAGGAGGAGGAGGAGGGGAGCGGUGGGGCGCGGAGCGGAGGAUGGAGCCCCGGGCACCCCCGGCGGGCGAGCCCGAGCCUGCGGCCGCCUCCUCCUCCUUCCACGCCCGGCUCUGGAAGAACCUACAGCUGGGGGUGGGCAAGGGCAAGGGCGGCGCGGGUGGGCGCGCGGGGGGCCCAGAGCGCCGCACUGCGGACACCCCGUCGCCUUCCCCGCCGCCCCCUGGGGCCACGCGGGACGCGCUGCCCGGCGUGGGGAGCUCAGGUAGCAAGUGGAGCGGCUUUAAGAAGCGGAAGCAAGUACUGGACAGGGUCUUCUCGUCUUCCCAGCCCAACCUGUGCUGCUCCUCGCCGGAGCCUCUGGAGCCCGGCGGCGCGGGCCGAGUGGAGCAGGGGUCCGCGCUCCGCCGCCGGAUCCGGGAGCAUCUGCUGCCCACGGCCAGGGGACACGCGGCGGCAGCCGGAGCAGCGGCAGGGACGCCUCCUGGCGGGCGCUCCCCAGACUCGGCUCCGUCCUCGUCCUCCGCCUCGUCCUCUCUGUCCUCGUCUCCCCAGCCGCCCCCGAGGGGGGACCGCGUCGGAGAUGAGGGUGCGUCGCGUCGGGGUCCAGGGGCACACUUGUGCCACCAGAAGAGCUCCUCUCUGCCGGGCACCGCGUGCCUGGAGCAGCUGCUGGAGCCGCCCCCGCCCCCCGCAGAGCCGGCCCGGAGCCCCGCGGAGCCCCUGACCCCCGAGACCACCGAGGAGCGCGACAGCAGCCAGAAAAUACACACCAUUGGAACGAGUAAUGCAAAUGUCCCUUUGGCGGAUCCCGGAAUGUACCAGCUGGACAUUACAUUAAAAAGGGGUCAAAGUUUAGCUGCUCGAGAUCGAGGAGGGACAAGUGAUCCAUACGUGAAGUUUAAAAUUGGAAGAAAAGAAGUUUUUAGAAGUAAAAUAAUACACAAGAACCUCAAUCCUGUGUGGGAGGAAAAAACUUGUGUUCUUGUCGAACAUCUUAGGGAACCAUUGUAUAUAAAGGUAUUUGACUAUGAUUUUGGACUGCAGGAUGAUUUCAUGGGCUCAGCCUUUCUGGAUCUCACACAGUUGGACUUAAACAGGCCCACAGAUGUGACCCUAACUCUGAAAGAUCCCCAUUAUCCUGACCAUGACCUUGGAAUCAUUUUGCUGUCGGUCAUCCUUACCCCUAAAGAAGGAGAAUCCAGGGAUGUGACAAUGCUAAUGAGGAAGAGUUGGAAAAGAUCAAGUAAGGAACUCUCAGAGAAUGAAGUGGUUGGAUCUUAUUUCUCUGUGAAGUCUUUCUUUUGGAGGACAUGCAACAGGCCUGCCCUUCCUGCCCUGGGCUUCUGCAGAGCAGAGCUUCAGAGUCAUUGCCAGGACACGCAAUUUCAGAGCCAAAGUGUGCGUCUGUCAGACCAACACAGAAAAUCACAUCUGUGGAGAGGAAUAGUCAGCAUCACCUUGAUAGAAGGGCGGGACCUCAAAGCAAUGGAUUCCAAUGGGUUGAGUGACCCCUACGUGAAGUUCCGGCUCGGGCAUCAGAAAUACAAGAGCAAGAUUAUGCCCAAAACUUUGAAUCCUCAAUGGAGGGAACAAUUCGAUUUUCAUCUCUAUGAAGAAAGAGGAGGAAUCAUUGAUAUUACUGCAUGGGACAAAGAUGCGGGGAAAAGGGAUGAUUUUAUUGGCAGGUGCCAGGUCGACCUGUCGGUCCUCAGUAGGGAACAGACGCACAAGCUGGAGCUGCAGCUGGAAGAGGGUGAGGGACACCUGGUGCUGCUUGUCACUCUGACAGCCUCAGCCACAGUCAGCAUCUCUGACCUCUCCGCCAACUCCCUGGAGGACCAGAAGGAGCGGGAGGAGAUCCUAAAGAGAUACAGCCCACUUAGAAUAUUUCACAACUUAAAAGAUGUGGGAUUUCUCCAGGUGAAAGUCAUCAGAGCGGAAGGUUUGAUGGCUGCUGAUGUCACAGGUAAAAGCGACCCAUUUUGUGUAGUAGAACUGAACAAUGAUAGGCUGCUGACACACACCGUCUACAAAAAUCUCAAUCCUGAGUGGAACAAAGUCUUUACCUUCAACAUUAAAGAUAUCAAUUCAGUUCUUGAAGUGACAGUUUAUGAUGAAGACCGGGAUCGAAGUGCUGACUUUCUGGGCAAAGUUGCUAUACCAUUGCUAUCCAUUCAAAAUGGUGAACAGAAAGCCUACGUCUUGAAAAACAAGCAGCUGACAGGGCCAACAAAGGGGGUCAUCUAUCUUGAAAUAGAUGUGAUUUUUAAUGCUGUGAAAGCCAGCUUACGAACGUUAAUACCCAAAGAACAGAAGUACAUUGAAGAGGAAAACAGACUCUCUAAACAGCUGCUACUAAGAAAUUUUAUCAGAAUGAAACGUUGUGUCAUGGUGCUUGUAAAUGCUGCAUACUACGUUAAUAGUUGCUUUGAUUGGGAUUCACCCCCAAGGAGUCUCGCUGCUUUUGUGCUCUUUCUCUUUGUAGUGUGGAAUUUUGAGCUCUACAUGAUACCCCUGGUUUUGUUGUUACUAUUGACAUGGAACUACUUCUUGAUAAUAUCAGGGAAAGAUAACAGGCAACGUGAUACAGUAGUGGAGGACAUGCUAGAGGACGAGGAAGAAGAAGAUGACAAAGAUGACAAGGAGAGAUGUACAGAUACAUCCCGGUGUUGUGUUGGAAACAAGCAUUAGAAAUGUCAAAAAAAUUCACAGUGAUGAAGUAACCUCGCAAAUGAUUUUUCCCCGUGAUAUUCAGUGCUUGAAGAGAAGUGGAAACACACACUUUCUCUCCCUUCUAAUACUAUUUUGAACAUUUUUGAAUUGAUGGAAAUUCUAAGUGAAAUUUUUCUUUUGUGUAUCACUUAGUUAUUAGUGACAUCAUCAAAGGACCAACAAAAUUUCCUUCCUGCAAAAAGCACAUAUGUGCUUGUUUUUUAAUGUUAAAUAACAUGAACACACACUUCUGGCAAUAAAUGAUGUGAUUGAUUGUUAAGGUCAGUCGUAGAGCUGUAGAGAGCUUGUAUUUUAACUCCACAUGCCAGCUCUGAAUCAUCAUUUCUCUGCGAAUAAACACUGAGCAGCCAUCCAUUUAUGGCCAUUUUCCCUUGCUUGUUGCUGCUUUAUUAUUAAAGCCACCAUAAAGAUCCAUUCUGGUAGCAGGCGUUUCCCCAGAAAUGUUAAUAAAUGGAAGUCCUCAGCAAAGUCUAGUACUUCAAUGUCUCUGCUUGAAGUCAGCCUGUGUUUUUUUUUUUUAACCAGUUUGUGAAUAUUCUAUACCACUGGUCUCUCCUUUUAAUGAUCAUGUUUUAAUGGAGAAAUUUUGGGCAUGAGACACAAAUAGACACACCUGGUUAAGUGACUCACCAAAACAGAGAUGUCAAGUGGAACGUGCCAGAGUAAAAACAACACCAAAUCUCUGGAGUAGCAUCUAUUGUAAUCUAGUGUUUGGUUGCCUGAAACUGACACUCUGGUUCUAACACAUUUUCAGAUCUGGUUACCAAAGCUGAUUGAAAGUGAGCACUUAAAUUGCUGUGUGAAUGCAACCAUAUUCUUCUGUACGAGAUGCCGACAAACAUGUAAAAAGAUUAUAAGCUGAUUUUUUCAUGACUCUAAACCUUUUAUUUGAAUUAUAUGUAAGAUUUUUCUUUUUUUAUUUACUCUUAAUGCAAUCGAUAGCCUAAAAGUGAUAUUCAAAUAAUUAGUCUCCAAGGCAGUAAUUUAUGACAGACUUUUAAAUUCUUGAGUAAUAGAAGAGAGAAUCUUAGAGUACAGUGGACAUCUUGAAAUGUGAAGUUUUUAGUAUAAGACUUGGGACUCUGAAAGGAUCCUGCGAGCUUCCAUUUACCAGCUUGCAUCUCAACUGGCUCUUACCGCAACGAAUGCAGUAAGUUUUGGCUAUCAGUGCGUCCAAAUGGGAGAAGGGUAAUUUCCUACUUGAAAAAAUUCAUCGGUUCCUCUAUUUAAAGUUUGUGUAUAGAGUUAUGCGUAAUGGAAUUUCAUGAGAAAACAAAUGUGUUUUUGGCCAUACGAGCAGGUACUGACCUCUAGCUCUCAUUAUUCCUCUGUUUGCUCAUAUGGUAUAAUUGUGGGGUCAGGUCAGUGGGUCCUCUUAUAGGAUAAAAGUAAAAAAGAUUAAUAAAUGUGCCAAAGCCUCACUUUAAUUGAACCUGAAGCAUGUGUUGCAAGUAUGUGAAAUAUGUCCCAGAUGUUUCACCAGGGCUAGUGUCUUGGUUUUCCCUGAUUACCACCAGGCAGCUAUUAGUCCUGUAACCUUUGGACUUGAGGGUAAAUGGGGUAUUACAUGGCACAGAAUGAGAGCACCUGUUUUCCAUUCAGCAAAGACCCCUGGCAGGCUUUGCCUAAGCCCAUCCAUGUGUUUUCACUUAGCAGAUUGUUGGGCGAUUAUGAAAAGUGUCUUUCUUUAGAGCCAGCACUGAUACUAGUCACUCACAAUGAAAGGGCGAGUCAUUGGCUACUUGACAAGGUCCGUGUGGACAUGAACUGCAGUCCUUUAUUUCGUUUGAGCUUGGAGUGUUUUUCCUCAGCACAAUUAUGUACAUGGCGAAGACACAGGUAGAAGAAGUGGAAGCAGACGAGGAUGAUAAUUACUCACAUAAUAACUUCGUAGAGCUUUUCUUCAGAGCUGGCUCUCACAACUUGGAAGACUUUGGUUAAUGUUGGUUAAAGCUAAGUCAUGAUUUACCUGGAGCUCCUGAUUUUCAAGCUUUUCUAGAUUAUAGCCUUUUAAGUUUUCCUUGAAUUCUUUCUUCUUAUUAAAGUAGUUCAUCAUUAUUCAGGUGAGGUUUUGUGGCCAGUCUUAUCCUUUAUUCUAAAAUAUAUUGUCUGCAUUUGCUUAAAUGCAAAAUUAGUUGGUAUUGCUCUUAAUCUAAUUCCAUGGUUUGCACAGAGGCAGAAAGUAUGAGUUUUAAAUAGUGAGUUUUGAUUAUGAAUCACUGAGUUGUUAAUGUUUUCACUUAUCUGCAUUAUGUAGUAGUGCUAUGUUAAGCUAUGCUGGAGAUGACUUUUCUUCCUGAAUUAAAUGUUAGAAAGAUAUCAUGUCAUAUUUCCAGUUCCCUUUGUAACAGAGCAUUCUCUCAACUAUCAACCACAAAAUCACAAUAUGAUCUGAUUUUUGACCGGCCACCAAACCCUGCCUUUGUGGCUGACAGAAUAUCAAAGCAAAUAAGGCUUAACUAAAGCAGCUAGGUAGAUUCUCGACAAGCCAUAUAAGAGUGUUUUUGCCAUGCUGUAUAUAAUAAUACAGUGGUUGAUCUGCAUAAUCUCACCAUCUAAUUAAUGAAGAUCAGCCUUCCGUCUGCAGCUUAGAAAGUUUAGGCUUGCUUCCCAUGGUGCACCCUACCCUUGUAAUCAAAUCCAGCUGCAAUGUCAGGAAGCAGAAGGCAGAAUGCAGGUUUCCCUAAGGAAAAGCAUGAAUUCAAAUGCGUGGCAUUCUAGUAAUGUUUAUUGAUAAAAGAUAUUAAAAUGCUUGGGCAUUUAUGCUUACAUUGCUUCUCCUUUUUCUUCAACCAUUAUGUCAAGGUUACUGUAUUUCAAUAUAACUAGAUGCAGUGAAUGAAACAUAUCUGGGUUACUUCAAAAUAUACAGAUCAUUUGCUUCAAUUUUUGAAGUCUGUGUUUCCUGUUUGGUUCUCCACCCCAAACAUGUAUUUCUAUAAUGUAUCUAAAAUUCAUAAACCUCUACAUCUUAAAUCAACUGUAUGUGGUGGGUAGGAUUGGGGUAAAGUGGCUAAUUCCAUGAUAGGAGAGAUUUCAACCUGACAAAAUUACAUUUUUCCAGUUACCUUCAAUAACGGCAUGGUGACAAAAUAGCUUGAGGCUUUGAAAAAGGCAGGAAAUGAUAAGGAAGAUUUUGUUUUUAGAAAAUCCUUAAUCACAUUUAAUUGGAAUGUCAUUGUGUUAGUGUGUUCAUUUUCUAUUGUGGCAUAACAGAUUACUAUAAAGUUAGAAGUGUAAAACAACAUUGAUUUCUUUAUAAGCCUUCAGUUCAGUAGGUCAGAAGUACAGACCAGCCAACUGGGUUCUCUAGUGAGGGUCUCAUCCUUACAAUUUCAGUUAGGCUGAGUUCUUAUCUGGAAGCUGCAGAAAAAAAAUCCAUUUCCAAGCUCAGUCAAGUUAUUAGUAGGGUGCAGCUUGUUGUAGGUAGAGGACCAUUGUCCUUACAUUUUUGUUGGCUUCCUGUUCCUAGUGACCACCUUCCUUGGGACCCUCCAUCUUUAAACUCAUCCGUGCAGAAUCUCUCUUGGGUUGAAACUUCCAUACUUCAAACCUCCUUUUUUCAAGAACAACCUAGCCAUCUUUAAGAGCUCACUUGAUUAGGCCAGAACCACCAAAGAUAAUCUCCCCCACUUAAAGGCAACUUUCCAGGAAAACAUUAACCUAAUUGUAGGAAUGAUCAUAUUCUUAAACCCAUUGCCAAAGGGAUGCUACAUGAUAUAUAGAUUAAGAAGGGGAAGUCUUGAUCCCUGUGUUCCACUUUUCAUCACUGUGACAGAGUACUUGAAAUAAAUGACUUAUUUAUCUGAACAUUAUAGCUUUGGGGACCAAGGCUUCAAUCCAUGAACCUUUCAAGGACAUUAAGAAUUCAAACCCUAAUACCAUCUUUGAAUUCUGCCUACCACAAGCAUGUAGUCCUGGCCAUGAUCCAAAGUGAAAAAUUAAACAAUCUUUGUGUUCCUUGGGUGUAUCUAUUACUAAGUUGUGCCCUAACCAUCCUACAAAAAAAGACAAUAUCUGCCUAAACUCCUGUUAAGGUUCACAGGAACACCACGUAGAAGAAAUACACAUUAUAUACUGUAUUUUUUAAAGAAAAACAGCCAUGGUAAAAUAUACCUCGCUUGUUAUCUCAUUCUGAUCUGGAUCAAAGGAUGAUUAGGCAGGCAGAGGGCCUGAUGGACCAUUUCUUUACUCUUGUUUUCUCCUUCUGGAGAAGAGCAAAUAAGAAUUAAAGUAGUAAAGAGUGGGGAAAUAUCCAUUCCUCUCUGGGGGACCAUUAGAUGCUAAAACAUACUGGGAUGAUGGCGCCUGACCUCAAAUGCAUAACACUUUUUACUUAAUCUAGAACCAUAGUGACAUUAAAACUGGAAGAUACCCAAGAAAUAACCUAAUUAAACCGCCUUGUUUUAAAAUGAAGGAACAAGAGGCUGAGUGUGUAGCUCAGUGAUGGGGAGCUUGGCUGGAACGUGCAGGGCCCUGGUUUCCCUCACCUGCAUUGCAAAAAUAAGAAAUCGCCUCAGCAUAGUCUUUAAGUAUCUAAAUAGUACAAGGAGAAAAUAUACUUUCCUUUCCAGAUAAGAGCUGUUUGUUUUAGAUAUCCACUUCUUACUUUUCUGCAUACCCAGCUUUUUCCCCACUUAUACUAUUUAAAGGGUUGCAUGUGGUAGGUGGAAUAAAAUCAAACCUUCAUCUUCUAAUCCCUGGAACUCAUGAAUAUGUCCCUCUCAUGGCAAAGAGGAAUUAAGAUAGCAAAUAGGAUAAAGAUUGUUAAUCAGCUGACCUUCAAACAGAAAGAUUAUUCUGGAUGAUUUGCUUGGGCCCCAUGUAAUCACUAGUGUACUUAAAAAUAGCAGAGGUCACCAGAGCGACCAACAGCUGGCAAACACUUGUACAGCCAUAGCCAAGAUUAGGGCUCAGGACCUUUGCAGCAAGCAGGAAGAGCUUCUGGAACAGCUGGACCACCUGAAGAUGGAACUCUCCCAGCUGCAUGUUGCCCAUGAGACAGGUGGCAUGGGAUCUAAAUCCUCCAACAGGCAAGCUGUCCACAAUCCAUUGCCUUUGUUCUGUCAUUAACCAGCCUUGGAGAACCUCUGAAUGUUUCACAAAGGCACGAAGUGUAAGCCCCUGGUCUGCAGCCAAAGAAAGCACAUGCCGGCCUCACAGGCUGGGCAAGCACAAGGAGCUCAGGAUAUCAAGCGAUAGCUGUGGAAGGAGCGGCUCUUCUCCACUGGGAAGGAGAGUGUUGAGGUCUGAGCACUGCAGCAUCAAUAAAGCAUAAGUGGGCAGAGGGGUAGGAGGUAGCCACUGCCUUGCCUGGCUCUGAAGAUGAAAAGAGGGAUCUGUAACCCAAGAAAGCGUGGGCAGUCUCUAGAAGGCAAAAAGGCCAAGGAAAGGGAUUCUUCUCUGGACUCCCUGGAAAGAAAUCAGCGCAUCCACAUCUGGAUUUUAGCCCAGUGACACUCAUUUUGGACUUCUGAGCUACAGAACUUCAAGAUGAUAAAUUUGUGCUAAGCUACUAAGUUUAUGAUACUUCACUACAGCAGCAGUAGUAAACUACUACAGCUACUUUCCAACUGCCUUUCCUAUACUUCUCUGAAAAUACUACCUUUCGAAGAACUAGAUGUUGACUUCAUGUUACCCUUCGACAUAAAUAUAGUUAUACAGUUCCUUGUUCAAAUGGAAACUUAAAAACAGUAUCCAAGAAAGCAAAUACUUUCAGUCAAAUUGCCUUAGUUUUUAUUUUAGAAAAGCUCAUCGGGAAAUGAGGACGGAGUAUUGGACAUCUCAAGACAGCUACAUACUUUCCUGUUUAGGAGCCUGUUUUAUGAACUGCUGAAUGGACCAACAAGCAAUGGUUAAUUUUAUUUUCUCCAGCAUCCAACAUGUUCAAUUCCUUAACAUGUUUCACCCCACAACACUCCAGAGCAAUUGAGUAUAAACCAUAUCUAGAUAACAAAUCCCUCCAGAGUCUCAAAGGUAUAUACUUUCUCCCCAGAAGAACAUAUACAACCAUAGACUUGCAUGUCAUUUUUUGGUUUUGGUUCCCAGAAUUGAAUUCAGGACCUGGAAUUUGCCAGACAGGCGCCAUGCUGCUGAGCUAUAACCCUGGCCCCCAGCAAAUCAUUUUUUUGCAUGCCAUUAUUUUUUUUUUGCCAUGGAAAAGGGAUUAUAGGUACUCUAAGGUAUCUUUAUAAAUCAGAUUUCUAUUAAUAAACCACUUUUCUUGACAUUAAUGCCUAUUUCCUCAAGCACUUGAGAGAAAUGCAAGUUUUUCAAGUAAAAAAUAAUAUUAAAUUACAUUUAAAAGUAAAUUUCUACAAAAAAAAGUUGGUGUUUGCUUUUGGUAGCAUGGGGGGACUUUUGAUACCACAGUAGGGUUAUUUUGACAUCCUUAUGGCUUUUCUGGUCUAUGCCAAUAAAAGCUAGAAACAUUGACUUGGCAAAAGAAAAUAAAAACAGGGCCUUCCUGGAAACUGUGAGGUCCUGAGUUCAAUUCUUGAUACCCGAGAGAGAGAGAGAGAGAGAGAGAGAGAGAGAGAGAGAGAGAGAAGAAAAAGAAAGAAAGAAAAGUAAAACAAAAUAGGAGAUGCUGUGGUUUUAUUAGAUACUUAGAAAAAAUCAGAAUUCCUGUAAUUCUCCAAAAUCUUUGUUUGACUUAUUUGUCUCAAUGGGAUACUUUUUGUAAAGUUUGCAUCAUUACUGCAUCAUCAUUUUUAAGAAACAUUAAAUAUUUAUGGUUCCUGUUAAGGUCACUGGAGGCAGAUUUAACUUUUGAAGACUUAACCUUAUGAAUCCAAUUAUAGGUGGGUUUCUACCUGUUUAAAAAAAACAAACAAAUCUACAGCCUUGCUAUUCCUUGUUCAGCUUUGUAAUACUUGUCCAGCCUUGAAAUAUCUAGGUAUGUGAGCCAGGGAUUUAGCUCAGCACCCUAAGCACCUGGCUGGCAAGCACAAGGUCGUGAGUUCGAUCCCCAGUACACACACACAAAAAGAAAUAUCUAGGUAUGUAUCUGUUCCUUUUCAGAAUGGUGGGUGGGCUAAGGGAAUUGAAAUUAGAAGAUAUGCCUGCAUAACCUGUAGCUAUACUUACAGAAUAUCCAUCAAUAAACCGAACUAUGAAUGGAACUCUUUCCAGUUGGGUUCUUCUCAUAGUUGGAUUUCCUUUGCUUAAAAAAAAAAAAAAAAAGUAAAACUUUCACUGGAAGGCCAGUCAAAUGUUUUAAGACAAGUCCUCUGGAAAGCUAGUUAACUUCUGUAGUGCAGCAGUGAACUUCCUCUUUUACUUCCAAUUCUUGACAAAAAAACUCUCGAAAUAGCAUUAUGUCAGCCCUGGCUCUCAGGAGGUUGACAAUGUACAGAGAAAUAGACACGAUUUUUUCAGGGUAGUUGGCAGAGCCGUUGACACCGGCUGACACCACUGCAUGUUGAGAUGAGAUGACUGUUUCUUCACCAAAGCGGCAGAACCAGAUGUGUUUCCAAGCAUCACAGAUGCUCCAUCUGAGUCCAGAGUGCCAAGAUUUUUAUUCUGCCUGAAAGUUUAUUUGGCAAAGAAAUUCUUCACCAUGUUAAAGAUAUUGACUCUGCAGAUUCUGAGUUCUUGCUUGAUUAUAAGAACUCUUUAAUAGGAGUUAGCUAUGCAAAUAGAAGUAUCUAUUUCUUUAAGUUACAGAGGAAGGGAAAUAUAAAUAAAUGUCAUAGAUGCUGUAGCAUAGACAACAUUUAAUGAGGGCAAGACUUCAAAAAGUGUGUGGAAUCAAUACCUUUCCAGUGGUAGGUGGUUUUUGUGCUUUUAGUAGAUGAUAGGAUUGACACAUAAGAAAAGUUUCUGUGCAAGUCUUUGUUUGGGGAAAAUCCAAGGCCAGGUAAACAUUUAGUUUUUAAAAAUCAGGAUACUUGUUUAUAAAGGUAAAGAUUCAAAUUUCUGAUUUGCAUAGUAGGUAGCCUAAGGUUCCCCUCAGUUAAUUAACUUUAUUAACCAGAAUUCUGCUACACAAGAAAUCAACAAUUUUUAUACUUUAUCACACUCCAUAAUUAAUAUAAAACCAGUAGAUAUGGCAACUUCAUGGUACUUUUUUUAUUAGUAUAUGUUUGUAAUACAUAUUAACCACACUCAUUGAGGGGUUUGUACACACACAUAUUGCAUCGUGGUUGUUUAAUUUCUUUUUGUUUGAAAGUUUUGAUUUACGCUAGACUCAAAGUAAACAAAGAUAUAUGGCUUGUAAUAUGUGAUGUAUUUUAAAAAUUUUCACCAAGAAACUUUUUGAGAAGUCCUAGUGUGGUAGUGAUGAGGUUACCCAUCUUCUUAUCUCUAGUAGCAGCUGUGGACGAUUGCAUUGGGUUUAAAAUGUAAUUUCCUUCAUAGAGAUGUGCAGCAUGGCCAUGUGGCUACUUUGACACAAGCCACCUCCAAGCAGAAGGUUUAAGAGCCAUUGUUGGCUCUACUCUCUCUCUUCUCCAUUUGCAAUGAUCCCGGGACUAUCCACAUAGAGGCUAUUUCUUUGAUCUAAAUUCUAGAAUAAAAAUGAGAGGAAGUCAGCCCUGUGGACACAUAGUGCACGCAAAAAAUAACAAUUGAUUUUCUAAGCUUCUGAAAUUUUGAAACUUUGUUCCUGCAACUUGACUUAGUCUGGACUGAUAGAUCCAGCACCAUAGCCCAUACCAGGCUGUGAAUCAGUGACUUUCUUUUAUGAUUUGACAUGGAGUGUGGAUUUUUUUCCAAGAAUAAUCAAGGCUACAGAAAAGAAGUUAGGAAAUAUUUUUCUUCCUUAGUUUACAGAGAGUUAACCUUCUCUCCCUAAUCUUUGAAGCAAUCUCAGAUAAACAUUGAACUAUUUUUGCUAUUGAGUUGAAAUCUCAUUGAAAAAUGAUACUUUCGUUCACUGUUACAUAUUGAGGGAAUAGUCCUAAGGCAAACAAAGGUAAUAUGACAUGCUACUAACCUUUCCUACUAGGUAAUGAGGGGUCUUUUAGCUGAUGGGGCCCUCAGUUAUAUAAAGUCAUAAUUAUAAUGAAGAAAAUUUAUAAUAAAGUUAUGAGCAAUUUUGGUGAAAAAUAGGGUUAUCACUUUCUCAGAACUGUCAAAAAAUAUUCUACAAAGCAAGUGGCAUUUAGAUGGGUCUUGAAGUUUCAGUAAGAAUGUACCAGGAAGUGUGAUAUACAAAAUCCAGGACUGUAUGCUAUAAUAGGAACAUAUGGUUCAGGAGGGAAAAUGAUGCUGGAAAUGAAAAUUUAAGAUUAUAAAGCUUUAGCCAUACUUUAAGGAGUUUAAAUUAUAUUCUCCCAUACAAGUAAUAUCUGUCCAAAAAAACCUCAUUAUUUGAAAAGAGAACGUUUGGCAUUAAUGCAAACAAAAUGAGAAGUAAAUGAGAAUUAAGUAGGAUAUUGCUGGGAGAUAAAAAAAAUAGUUCUAAAAAGAAAUAAAGUCAUCUUUUAACUUAAGCAUUAAUAGUGAUAAUAGAAAGAAACAACCCCAAAAGAUGUUUUAAUACCUGGUAUAAUAAGAUUACUGAAAGCAAAUUAUGUUGAAGAGAGUAAAGCAAAUUUUAGGAUACAGAUAAUAGAAACAUCUAGCUGAUAUAUAUUUGUUAUACCUGUUUCAUAUUUCAAAGUACUUUCUCUUAUUGCCUUUUAAAAUAUCCACAGUAACUCGGUAUAUUGGCAGUCUUUCCCAUGCUGCAAUAUCAGGAAGGGUAAUUUGGCUAGCAGGAAACUAGCUAAGACUAGAAACCAGCUACCAGGGAUGAUUUGUCUAACAGAGAAGCUAAGACUACGAUUAGGUAGCUUCUUUGGUAGUGAAGAAAUGGAGAUCAGAAAACAAGUCAUCUAAAAUUUUCCUUCCAAGGCCUGUUGUGGUAGAGUCAGUCAACCCACCUAGAAGUGACCGCUGGGCCACUUGGUUGUCCAUCCUGCUUAGCGCAGUGGGAGGAAGCAGCCUUCACACUUACCUUGCCCGUUGUGUCUAAGCAUUGGGUCUUUACAGCACGUGGGAAAAUGAAGGCAGCCAGUCCGUGCCCAGGGUGUUUUACCCGGUUAGCUCCAAGCUUCCACAAGGAAGCACAGGUCCAAGGCAGAAACAAGAAGAAUAGAUAAAUGUUUCCUUGCCCCAAAAGUGGAUUCAGAGGGAAAGAUACAUAGUAAUCAUGCUUAUUUUGGCUUUGAGCUAGUUGUCAUAAGGACAAAAGCAACUGGCAGAACGUAGGUCAUUUGAGAAGCAGUUAAUGCUGUCACUAUUUUAUAGACCAAGAGACUGAAAGCUCUGAAAGAGAAAUCCCUCAGUAAAAGUCUUAAAAGGAGUGAUACCAUCUGCCAUCACUUCUUUGGCACGACAAAACCUCAAAACUUAUCAAAGUAAUAAUUACCUUCUCUUUUAUUAUGUACUGGGUUGUCUGGGCUCCUCUGGGUAGUUGUUGCCAAACUUCUUGUGGUUCUCAUCUGAUGCUAGGGGCUGCAGCCAUCUGAAGGCUCAACUAGGCUUGACCAACGAGGUGGCUCAGCCUGUGGAAUGGCAGUAGUUCUGGCUUCUCCUAUCAUGGCUGCUUGUUGCAGAGAGCGGGGAUCCAAAGAUGAGUAUUUCAAGGGACUCAAGUGGAAGCUGCAGAGUGCCUUAGAAUCUAGCUUUGAAAGUUGAAGAAUGUCCCUUCUGUCACAGUCCAUUAGCCAAGCAAAACACUAAGACUAGAUUUAGGAACAUGGAAAUUCAAUUCAGUUCUACUUCUUGAAAGGGAACACCAAGGUCAUACUGCGUAAGAACCUCGGGAAUGAGGGAUAUGGUAUACCAUCUUUGGAAAAUAAAACUAUCAGGCAAGAACAAACCAAACAAGGCAACUUCAUAUUAGAUAGACAGAUAGAUAGAUAGAUAGAUGUAUAUAUGUAUAAAAUUGGUGUCUACUUCUCCCCUAAAUUACAAAAGGACUACAUAAUUCUUUUUGUCUUUUUUUAUACUUAAGAAUUACGACUAAAAAUUUCACUUUCUGUCUAAGCCCUCCUGCCAUUUGUUGAGAAUUAGGAAGAGAUUACAAAGAAUCCCUUCAAAUAAUUCCUGUGCAAAUUUCCAUGUGCUUUCAUUGUCCUCCACUGACAAAAGAGGACAAACUGCCAGCCAGCUGCAUUCUCACAGCCAGGUUUUGCCUACUGGCACUGGCUGCCAAAGGUAAAGAGCCUCAGGAGGAAAGGAGGUGCUAGAUGCUUCUUGUUAUAAAACAUAGUAGUGGGGCUGGGGAUUUGGCUCAGCGGCAUAAGCGCUUGCCUUGCAAGCAGGCAGUCGUGAGUUCAAUCCCUGGUACCGAUAAAAAAUGAAAAAGACCACAAAAAUAAGUAAAUAAAUAAGACAUACUAGUUUCUACUUUUUUAGAAAAUAUAAUUUGAAAUUGGCAAUAGUUCAUAUCACUAAUUUGUUCAAGGAUGUUUCCUGUAGGAUUUAUUUAUUUAGGUACUGGGGAUCAAACUCAUAACCUCGUACUUGCCAGGAAGGUGCUUAUAUCUCUCAGCUAAAUCCCCAGCCCAAAAGUCAGGUGAAUUUUUUUAUGAUUUUUUUCUUGGUACAGGGGAUUCAACUCAUGACUUUGAGCUUGCUAAGCAGGUACUUACACCAUGGAGCUAAUCGCUUGGCCCCUCCUAUAGGAUUUAAAAGAUCACUGAUAUCUCUGAACAUUUUGUUGUAGGAUCUAUAGUAGUUUAAUCAAGACCCUUUUCCAUUAUUGCUGAAGCUGUUUCUCUGACAUGGUGAGACAGUAUUAUGCGGAUGUUAAAACCAAUCUUCCACAUGUUAUGGGCAUAAAUGUUGCCUCUUGUUUCUGAUAUGUCAGCCAAGUAUUCUGAUCAGCAGUGAUGUGAGAAUGAGGACAUCAUCUGUAUUCUCUUUGUGAUUUCAUACUUGAAUAUUUUGGGGACAUCCAAGGUGAUAUGAUAAGCGAAUAUACAGCUGGGGUAGUCUGAUAAUGUAAGAUUUUAUUGAUUAUCCAACAGAGUAACUACCCUGAGUAUUACGUUUGCUGAUCACAACCUUCAGUUCCUGUGAUAGUUGAACAAGUUCUUUUUUUUUUCCAUUGAGCAAACCUCAAAGUCACAUGGUUUCUGAAUCAAGGUCCUCAGAUUUCAUACUUUGGCAAUUUCUUUCCCUUCUAAUAGGAUAUAUUAGAGAAAAUGUGUCACCUUUUGCACCAUGUAAUACCAAAUCAGAUCAGAAUUCAUGCACAAUUUUGUCAGUGAAAAUCUAAUAGUAAAACCUGGCUUAUCUCUAGAUAACACAUGGAAAAAUAAACUUCCACAACUGACAGAUUUACUUGAUUUUUUUCAGAUAAGUUAUUUGUAAGCAAUUGAGCUAAAGAAUGUAACUGGAUUAUUUUUCAUACCACAC